AUGUCCGUUGUGCUAGGAAGACUUUAUGACGGCGCAAAUCGAGGCCCUACGAGUGCACUUCGUUUCGACACAACCCAAUUUGUACAACCCGGCCAUCUUUUGGCUUCUCCAAACCAGGUCUAUCCACCCGAAUCUUCCUACCCUAAAUCCUGUAUCCGUUCUGGCCCCCCCAAUUUCGGCGUAUCGUCCGGAUUGACGGUCAGCGUGCAUGCUUUAGUGCAGGGGCCCGCAUCUUCAAUCUCCAAGACAUCAGUCCUUACUCGUACCAAAAGGGCUAGUUCAGACUCAUCCCAAAUCCCAAUACCUUCGAUUGUCAUCAACACGACCAACGCUUACCCCUCCGUUAUGAACUCGGCUGCAACAACCGCUAACCUCAAAAACUCAAUAUCUUUCAAAACUCUUCCAUUAAUGAAGGAUUCAAGACUUCAUGGAGCGGAUGACAAUGAUGAAAUAGAGCAAUACAAAGGUUUGGCCAAUGAAAAGACACGCACUGCUACAAAUCAUCACGUAAACGAAGAACUUGUGAAGCCCAUCCACUGUCAAAGACUUGGCGCAGAGGCAAUCAGGUCGCAUCGCAAAGAGUCUUUAGGCUUUUCGGGGUGCGCAUCAAGCGCCAGAAGUAAUCGAGGAUUCCAAAUGGAUGACGAACAGUCGAGGGAGCAAAGGGAUGAAAGGGAAAUUAAGUCGAACCAUCGAAAAAAGGACAUUGUCAAGAAGAUAAAAAGAGCAAUAAAAAAAUCUGCUUCGAAAGAUGAGACAGCAGCGAGUCUGGAAAGCAAUACAUGUGUUAAAGAGGAUAAAAUAGUUUUUGCACAUCAGCUUAAGGGUGCCAUAGAUGAAGAAGGUAAAAAAGAUGAGAUGGAAGAUGUGGAUGAUGAGGAUAUGGAUAAAGAAGAAGAGCCAGAAGAGCCCACUAUGCCGGAUCUUUCAAUGCGCAUGCUUUUAUGGGCCUCUCGCAGUAUGUGGCACCACCUGAUCUACACUAUGAUACCAAUUGAUAUAGAAGCCUGGCAGGAUCAGUCCCACUUCAGACGGAUUCUACAAAUUGUACAAUCUCCAAUUGUAUUUGUUUUUCGUGCCACGAUUCCCGUCGUCUUUGAGGAGAUGGCUGAUUCCGAGGAUGAGGCAGGUGAAGAGGUUGAAGAUGAGGACAUCAUAGAAGAGCAUAACACCGAUCCAAUAAGGCCGGUUGACGUAAUCAAGGAACAGAAGGUGGAUAGGCUUAAAACAGCAAAUGCUGUAGACAAUAAUGUAGAAACGAAGUUAAAUCACAGAACAUAUCGGACAAUGGAUCAGACUCAGUCAGAAAACUUUGAGUCCGAAGAGAUAAAAAUGCGAGAGGACUCAAAUUUAGUUGUGGCAGAAAAUCGCGGCAAAGCUCCGAAAGGGAGCCAGUUCGUAUCCGUUCCUAUUGGAGUGACUAUAUCAUUAACAAACGCAUGUCCUGUGCCUACCUUCGAGGUCAACCUUUCGCCGCUCGACUAUUGGCGGGAUGAAGUCACAGACCAUACCAAAAAUUACGACUCGACGUUAUCACUCAAGAAAUCGGAUAAGUUCUGCUGUGCGUCCACGAAAGACAUUGAAGAGAGGCUCAAGCGAAACCUGCCCGCAGGAGAAGAUGUUCUGUCCAUGAAUCAGGCAGAGGAUUCGUUCGGCGAGAGCGAGUCGAACUAUUCGCAUGAGGGGAAGGAAACGGACUGCAGCCAUUGUCAUUCAUACAAUGCAUCUGCUGAAAGUGAACCAUUGCCUCUUGACCUGGAUUCGAUGCAUGGAUGGUGUAAAUUGUUGAAUGGGGCUCAGUGCAUCAUUUCGCCUUCAAUAUGCCCUCUGCUGCUUACAUAGACAAAUUAG